GACAGCAUGUCUGCUCUUCAAUAUCCCCUCACCGGGGCCUCGGUCCCGGCCGCUGUCCCCGCCAUUGCGCAGCCCUGCCUUGGCUACGCGUCCCCCUCCGUCCUCUGCAUCCACCACUACGGCGCCGUCCUCCCCGAAGGCUUCGAGCGCAUCAUCCAGCCCAUCGUCGGCGCCACCGACACUUAUGCCUCCACCUCGGUUCCCGCCGACCCCUCCUUCUCGCUGCUCGCCAACGCCAGCUUCCUCAUCUUCGACGAGACCCGCGCGGCAGACAUCCUCGGCCCCGACCCCGUCGUCGACUUCAUCUUCCCCCUCGACAACGUCCCCCACGAAGCUCCCACCUACGAACCCAACCUCAAUCUCAUCUUUUUUUCACGGCUCCGCCCCGAUCCCCCCGCCCAAUACGUGAUCGAUCUGAACACCGACCCCCCGACCCUCGAACAACGCAUCUUCGAUCCCCCCCUCGUCGUCCCCUGCGGGUCGACCUACCACGCCGGGCUGAUCUACUGGUGCGGUUCAGCCACAUACAACGGGAUCUACACCCCGGGGAUUUAUGCCUUGAAUGCAUCGACGGGGAAGAUCCAUCCCGUCCUCAACAAUUACUUUGGGUAUAACUUUGGCACGUGUGAUGAUCUGGCCUUUGCCCCGAACGGCGAUAUUUGGUUCACGGAUAACUGGUACAUCCACGCCCUCCCCCACAUCCCCCACAACCACACCAUCCACCUCGAAACCGCCAUCUACCGCUUCACCCCCACCACGGGCCAAACACAAAUCGUCUCGGACGCCUUCUCCCAACCGAACGGGAUCGCCUUCUCCCCCGACCACAAAACCGUCUAUGUGACCGAUACCGGCGCGGACGCGGUCUCCCUCGCCAGUGGGGAAAUCGCCUACCACUCGCACGGCAAACGCACCGUGUAUGCGGCGGAUUUGUUGCCCGAUGGCACCGGGAUGGUCAAUCCGAGGGCGAUUUUCCUGGCGCAGGAUCGGGUCCCAGAUGGGAUUAAGACCGCCCGGAAUGGGUUGGUGGUUACGGCGACGGGGCAUGGGGUCGAUGUGUUGGAUGAGCGGGGGCAGUUGGUGGUGCGCGUGCAGACGAAUUUUACGGUGUUGAAUGUGGUGUGGGCCGGGCGGGAGUUGAAUGAGUUGUGGAUGGUGGGGUUUGGGGGGGGGGGGAGGGGGAGGGGGGGGUUGGUGGGGAGGGAGUUGCUUUGA